AUGGCUUCGAACGAAGUGCGUGGAAUCACAUCGCGAUUUCAGGUGCAUCAAGCAUCAGGGGUGUGCAAGACAUCGACGACCGUUUCACUCCUGCUGCUUUCGCUUUGGGUACCGCCAGCGGUAUGCAGCCUCAUCUGCGGCUCAAGCAUCUUCCGACGGAGAUUAUCUCGCAUCAAGAACCAGCCGGAAGAGCACGCUGGAUAUGUCAACAGAUUCUACCUCUUUGUGUCCUUAUUUGGCAGCUUUUUCUUCCAGGCCGUUGUCUUCGCUAUCGCGCAGGCCCAACUUCUGGCCGACAGUAAUCCAGAUAACUCGUUCUCGGAUCUUUAUUGGGUAUGGUUGAUCAGACCUCUGCCGGCAACAUUUGUGCUGUUCAUGGCGUACAUGUGUCCUACGCUCUACCUCGAGAGCGCUUUGGAGAUGCAAUGUGUGGAAGGAGUGUUCGGCAUGUUUACGAUUGGCAUCUACGACGAUAUUCGUAAAGGCGUCAGAGGAGCUGAUAUCCUUCAGCCCGGGGUGAAGCAUAUCCGCGAUGGAGCCAACCUGGGCUUCGCCUUCUGGAUUCUGUCCUUCUUCGUCGCUCUUGCGGUCGUCGCACUCCUCAAGAUUGGGAUGCUGCGCCAUAGACCUCCUGACAACACUCCAAUCGGCGGCACACCACUCCGCCUAUGGACAGGUUGGAGCAUCAUUUUCAACAUGAUGCGGAUGAUAGCCGGCUUUCUGAUAUGGGCUGGUAUUGCUCAGGUGGACCAACAGGUUUUCUGCCUCAGCCUCGCCGCAACAGGCGGCAUUGCCGCGAUCGCCUUUGCGAGCGCCCUGGUCGAUCAUGGCUGGAGGGCUUAUUUCUGUGUGCUGGAAGGUACGACAAUGGGCCCGCUCAGCUCAGUUUUUCGGUGA